AUGGAGGCAGCAGAAGGUACCAGUAACCAGCAAAGUCUCGGACUAGAGCCGCCCAAACUUUCCGAAUUAUUUGAUCGCGGCUGGAAAAUGUAUGAAGAGGUAGACAGCACGAAUGAACCCAUGGGUUCAAAUCCGAUUCAGGUGAAAGUCAAACGAGGGAUCAUGCAUCUGGAGGAGGCAACGAGAAUGGUCGCCCAGCUCGACUUGUUUAGUAGUAACGAAGAGCUGGAGGAGAUAGCCACGGCAGAUCUGAAGUACCUGUUGCUGCCAGCUCUACUGGGCGCUCUCACCAUGAAGCAGCAGGUGGACCUGUCCAAACGUCUGGAACUGGUACAGAAGGCGCGGGUUUACUUUUUGGACUUCCUGAAGAGAUGUAAGGACUAUAACAUCAGUAAGUUUGAGUUACCCAGAACGAGCGAGAGCUCAGCCAGCAAUCAAGAGGAGGAGAGGAGCAUACCUGCCCCCUCACAGCCAGAUCUUAUCACUAUGGCAACGCAAAGACAGGCCAAAAUCGAGAGGUAUAAGCAGAAGAAAGACACAGAGGCAAAGCUGUCAGAGAUAAGGGCCGCGGUGGAGAGCGGGAGUGCAGAAGAAGAGGUGGUGAGAGAUUUUUACCUGCUGAACGUCAGAAAGUGGAUCACCACCGCUCUGGAGGAAGUGGAGAGCAUUGAUCAAGAGACAGAGAUCCUGAAGAGAAUGGACGUUCUUAAACAGAGCUCAGCGGAGCCUCCUCAGCCCAGGAGACCUCCAAUGAAACCAUUUAUUCUGACUAAGGAUGCAGUCCAGGCCAAGGUGUUUGGGGCGGGAUAUCCCAGUCUGGCCACGAUGACGGUGGAUGAUUGGUAUGAACAACACAGGAGACAGGGCCGUCUGCCGGACCAGGGCAUUCCACGCCGCGAUGUGGAUGAUGAUGCAGAGGAGCGAGAGAAAGAGGAGAAAGAGAAGAAAGAAGAGAAUGAUGAUGAAGGAGCUCUUCGGAAAGCGAGGGAUUGGGAUGACUGGAAGGAUACUCAUCGCAGGGGCUAUGGAAAUCGCCAGAACAUGGGCUGAGAUACACAAAAACACACCUCCAGAAAUAAAUCUCUUCAACCAAUGCUGCCAGGGUGUGUGUGUGU